GAUAAUACUUCCAUUAGACAGCAAAUGGUGCAGUCAAACCCAGCGGAUGAAGAAAUAUCAGAAGACAUCGAGCAGAUGGUACAAAUUACUCAGGAACAUAAAAGGAGCGAACAGACAAAUCCCCAGCUACAGACUGGAACGAGGGACGCUCUGGAAACAGAAGAUGUGUCUGUGACGUUUGAAAGCUUUCAGCACCAGAAUGGGACUCUCUAUACAUGUUUUACUCAGAAUGGCAUGCGGAUGUAUUUCGAUGAUGAAAAGGGAAUUGUUCCAUUUCCACAAGAACUUUACAGCCAAGGAAAGUUCCUUGAUACUUAUGAUGAGUCAGGCAGCUUACAUGAUGACAACAGACAGGAUGGUAAUGGAAAUCCAAGCAAUGUGGAAAAUGAUCGCACAAAUUCUAUCCACAUACCUGGAAAAGGAAUGGUCAUGACGUACAUAUUUGAGGAGAGAAUAAAUGUCUGCAAAUAUUAUGACAACGACUGUGAUGCUUGGCUUAUUUUACCAUUGCUUUGGGAAAUGAAUCUGGACUUUGUUCUUCAUCGUGUGCAGCAAGUGAAGGAAGCCGUACCUGCCAUCACUGACUUCAAGGAAAUCUUGGCUGCUCUUCGGCUAUGUAAUUAUGAUCCAGAUGAAGUCAUAUCUCUGUUCUUUGCUAUGUUUGGGGAUAGCCUUCAAAGUAAUAUAAAUGGGCAGCAAAAUGUUGAACCAAUAGCUCUCCAACGCGAAAUUUCUAAAAAGGAUAAAAAAAUAGAAGUCUUAAACAAGAAAGUGCAGGAAAGGGAGCGCGAACUAGAAGCCUUGCACUUGAAAUGCAAGCAUUUAGAAGAAGAGAAGCGUCAUCUCCUUCUACAAGCUGAAAACUUAUAUGAGAAAGUGGCCGAAUUACAAAGCGAUCAGGAGAAAUAUCUACAUGAAAUAUCUGAAAUGAAGUGCAAAAAUACACAGAUCACUGACAAGCUGCACAAUUCCGCACCUCUGAAAAAAGACAAACUGAUAAAAAUGCUAAGAGAGGCCCAUGAGCUCAGCACCAGCCGUGACAAGUUAAGAGUUCUUGCAACAAGUGGCCUGUCAGAUAUUGGCCUGAGCAUUGACCAUCUGCGGAGCAUGGUACUGAACCUACGCAGCUCCACCAAAGAAAUAGAAGAGAUUCGUUCACUCUACCAACGGGAGUCCAUGGAGAGGAAGUUACUGUAUAACCAGCUUCAAGAACUAAGAGGAAAUAUCCGGGUAUUUUGUCGAUGCAGACUAGAUGACAAAAAGAGAGAGCACUUAGAAUUCCUGUCUGAUGAAGAACUUGUAGUGAAUUGCAAUGGAUCCAAGAAGAGGUUCAGAUAUGAUCAGGUGUUUCUGCCACAGUGCACUCAGGAGGAUGUUUUUGAAGGAACUUUACCUAUUAUAAAGUCCUGUGUGGAUGGUUACAAUGUUUGCAUCCUGGCUUAUGGACAGACGGGCUCAGGAAAGACCUAUACCAUGAUGGGAACCGAGCAAAAACCAGGCGUCAAUAUCAGGUCAAUUAGAGAACUCCUGCGCAUAUGUCAUGAAAGAGAAAGGGUUAAAUAUGUCAUAAGGAUUUCAAUGAUAGAGAUUUAUAAUGAAGGAGUGUGGGAUCUGCUCUCUCACAGUGGGAACAAACAGCUUGAGAUCAGGUCACAUGGAAAAGUGGUAACACUGCCUGGAUUAACAGAAAUGGAAGUAUUGACUGAAGAUGAUAUAAAAAGGAUAAUGUCAUUUGGUGAGAAGAAUAGAACAGUGGAAUCUACAAAAAUGAACACUGAAAGCUCCCGCUCUCAUCUCAUUGUGAUUUUAACACUGAAUGGAAUCGAUACCAUCUCAGGUGUUCUUGUAAGCUCUACGCUAACAUUGUGUGAUCUGGCUGGAUCCGAACGUAUAUCAAAGACAGAGGCUACAGGCCAGCGUUUGGUGGAGGCUGCUGCGAUUAACAAGUCUCUCACCGCCCUGGGACAGGUAUUUACAGCAUUAAAGACCAACUCACUGCAUGUACCUUACAGGAACUCGAAGCUUACCCAUCUCUUGCAACCCUCUCUCACGGGGCAAGCUAAGGCAUGUGUUUUUGUGAAUAUUAGCCCUGAUGUAAAAGACCUGGCAGAGACACUGAGUUCACUUCAGUUCGGCUCAUCCAUCCAGCAAAUAGCCCUUGGCAAGCCCACUCCUCAUUCUUCCAACAUUAAGCUUGGUCAUUGAAAGGCAUAAAUGCAAAGAAACAAA